CGAUCAGCGGUUGGCUCCGCAGUCGGUGGUUUCUCCGCUACCGAAACAGUCGUGUGGCUGUCGCUCCGUCAUUUCUGUUGUGUUGUAAUCGACGACGCGUUUGAUUUUUGUUUGUCAACAAACAAGGUGCUCUCGUUCUGUGAUAGUUCAGCGUGAAAUUCAACUUAUCAGAGGCAGUAAAACUGCUAGUAAAAGCACAAAUACAAUGUCGAUCGAAUCGAUAAAACAAUUGGAUGAGCUGAUUGGUGUGCAACAACUAUUGGAAUCGCGGUGGGAAAAGCUCCACGACGAAAACCCUGACGGAGUUUGCCGCUAUCAGCUGGCAAUCGAGCGUGAGAGAGUUACUGAGGGGAGAUGUCGAUUUCUCUUGCAGUUGAAUCGCAAACGGACGACGGCACGAAGGAAACCGGAUGGAAUAUCGAGCGUGGUCCCGGUGUUUGAUCCGAGUCGAUUCAACUUUAAUAAAGUCGAUUCUCGGGAAGUACUGAUGGAGGUGCAAUCAGGCGAAUGUACGAUUGCUAUCAUGAUAAACAACAGUCCCUUGACGAAGAAUCACUUUCUGAUUGUUCCGGAUCGGAGCCGAAAUAUGCCACAAAUGAUAAGGAAAGACUCGCUGGAAGCGGUUUUCAAGCUGUUCAUGCUGAUGGAAGAUCACAGAUAUCGCAUGGGCUUCAACAGUCCAGGGGCAUUGGCGUCGGUCAACCACCUGCACUACCAUUUUAUGCUUAUGUGUCAUAAACUGUAUGUCGAAGACGCGCCCCUAACGGCUUUAAGCGAAGAUCUCCACCUCCUGGAAAAUCACCCCGCUCGAGCCUACUGUUUCCUCUACAACCCCACCAACGAGCCCCCGACCCCGUUCACGGAUCGAAUCUUCCACCUGGUGACAAUUCUCCUGUCGCAAAACAUUGCCCACAACCUGUUCGUCACGUGGAACGGCCCGGGAGACACGAUUCGGGCGUUGAUUUACACCCGUCUCCAGCCAUGUGAGAACAAACAGGUGUCCCCAUUUAAUGUGGCCUUUUCCGAGCUCAGCGGUUUCGUUCCCCUGGGCGACGAGGCGGAUUACGACCAGCUAGACGAGUGCCGACUGGAGCAGUUCUUUCGGGAGGCUCAAGGAACACGGGACCGGGACGGCUAUCGGAAGCUGGAUCAAAUUGUGCUCGAUGGAUUAGCCACCCCUCUACUGGAAGGGGGUGAAAGAUGAUGCGAUUACUCGCGUGCUUGAUGCUUAGGCAGACCGUGCGAUGAAUAAAGCCCAUUUUACGGUACAGAGGUAAUCUAGGGAAAGGAUUUGAA